CUACAUGUUUAUAUAGGUAUUUUUAGAAAUAUUCUUCAUUCUAGUUAAAAAUGGGACCUAAAUCUCAGCGAAAGUGCAUAUGCGACACCGCGCAAGUUGUUAGAAAAAUCACAGGUCACCCACCACCUUUAAAAGACACAGAAAUCAACAAGAUCAUACUUGGACUAUUUACAGAAAAGAAUUCAGAUGGAUCCGGGUAUUUAGUGUUACGAGGGAAUGAUAUUUACGACAGAUACAAAAGGAGAAUCAACGACAGCGAUAUACGAGCAAUAUGCUACUACAUUAAUGAGCUACCACGAAGAAUUACAAAGCUAGACUUGUGCUACAAUCAGAUCACAGACGUCGGCUUUUAUAAAUUGUUAAAAAAGUUGCUGAUCAAAGGUCGAUCCAGUUUAAUUAACCUGAACAUUAUGAAUAACGAAUUAACAGAGUUAUCGGUGCUUAGACUAGCAAAUUACGCCAAAUUUAUAAAAUUGAAAUAUUUAAGAAUUAACGGUAAUGAUAUUGGAACUGCGGGAGGAGAGUAUUUCGCAAAGUUUUUAAGAGAUAAUACGAGCGUAGAAUAUUGUGAUAUAGGAGAGACAGGACAGACUUUGACCAGCGUGGCUCAUCUAGUCACAGCUUUAAGAACCGACCAGGGUACAAACACCACAGUAAGAGUGUUAGAUUUUAGUAGAAUAAUACCUUUGUUUAACCGAUAUUCGUAUGAAACAAAAUGGCUGGCGUACCACAUUGAAUACUUAUUGGAAAGAAACGAAACACUCAUAGAAUUACACCUUCAAAAAAAUCAAUUCAUCGGUCAUGAUGUGGAGUAUUUUAUCAGGGGAUUAAGAUGUAAUAAAACGUUAUUAUACUUAGAUUUGGGGUUUAAUAGCAUUGGUGAAUACGGGGCUGAAUUGCUAGGGAAAUAUUUAGCCGAAAACCCUAACCUAAUUCUGCUAAAUUUGGCGGGAAACGAUAUAAAAGAUACGGGAGCGCGCGCUUUAAGUUUCGGGUUGCCAUACUCAAAAAUACGUGCCCUAGAUGUCAGUCGCAACAGAAUUACUGAACGGGGUAUUUUGGAUUUGUUGAAUUCGGUGAAAAAGCCGUACUAUUUAAGAUUCUUAAAUAUUUGGGGAAAUAAAAUUGGUCAUGUUGCUUGCGAAGUUAUUCAGAGAAUGCUGAUGAGUGGAGCGUUAUUUCAAAAGACGAUUGACGUUCAAAUUUACGAAGUGGACGAAGUUUUGCAUGCAGCGUAUUAUCCGAAUCCUUCUAAUAGAAACAAACACUUUUAUUAUUGUGAAUUAGACUUUGGCUACGCACAGCCGAUUUAUCACAUUAAAAGAAAUGUUAUUGAUGAGAAAAAACCGGUUAAAGUUGAUUGCAAACACCGGAAGAAGUUGGAUAAAGUGUAUAAUGAAGUUAGGACAGUAUUUUAAUAUUUUUCACUGCUUUGUAAUAAAUUAUUUGCCAUUU